AAUCACUUGGUCAUUUUGAAACUUGGAACCAGACAAACCAUAAACCUGCCUUGAACUAUAGAGAAAUAGUAUCAGUGCAGCCAUGGAGAUCAGUUCCACUAUCAAUGACAAAUGGAUGUUCUGCAUAUUUGUAAGCUUAUUAAGCUGCAUCAUUCUGCUCUUCUGUCUAAAUCAGGGCGAUGAAAUCGAAAAACUAUCAGGUGUUCAAAGCAUAGCCUCGUCAAUAACAUCAUCAAAUGACUCGGCUCAGCAGCCAGCAGCAAGCAUGAUUUUUUCACAACCAUCAAACAUCAGUGAACAUGAAAAAGAGACAAAAGAGGAAGAACAUAGCUGCAAUAUCUUUGAUGGGAAAUGGACUUAUGCUCCGAAAGACAGUCCUUUGUAUAAGGGAUCACAGUGUCCAUUUCUUAGUGAUCAAGUUAGUUGCCAAAGGAAUGGAAGGCCUGAUUUUGAAUAUGAAAAUUGGAGUUGGGAAGCAAAGGGGUGUGAAAUUCCCAAGUUCAAUGGUACAGACAUGUUAGAGAGACUUAGAGGGAAGAGAGUGAUUAUAGUUGGAGACUCACUCAACAGAAACAUGUGGGAAUCUCUGGCUUGCCUUCUUUACUCUUCCAUUCCUAAUCCUUCUUCAGAAGCCCAUGUUCAAGAGACAAAUGGUUUCUACAAGGUUAUUAGAGCAAAGGUCUAUAAUUGUUCCGUGGAGUUCUAUUGGAGCCCCUUUCUAGUAGACUUGGUAGAAAACCAAAAACGUGGUACUAAAACUCUAAAGCUAGAAAAAAUUUCAUCCUCAGCAAGUAAAUGGCGUGGUGCUGAUAUAAUGGUAUUUAAUACUGGUCACUGGUGGAAGGGGAAACUCAAAGAGUUGAAUUAUUUUUUGUAUAGAGGAAAAGUAGUGAGGAAGAUGGAGAACGAAUUAGCAUUGGAGACAGCCAUGAAAACUUGGGCUCAUUGGAUUGAUAAGAAUGUGGACAUGAACAAUACCAAGGUAUUUUUCCGAAGCAUAUCACCAGAACACAAAGAGGAUCAGUGGUGUUACAAUGAAACCAAACACAUCAUGGAUGAGUCCUAUGUUGCAACAUUUCCCAAGUCAUUGGUAGAGAUUGUUGAGAGAACAAUUGGCAGAAUGAGCAAACCAGCGAGGUACUUGAACAUCACAAAUCUAUCUCAAUAUCGAAGAGAUGCACAUCCAUCAAUCUACACAUCGAGGCAAGGGAAGCUGUUGACAGUAACACAACGAAGUGAUCCGUUGACUUAUGCCGAUUGCAGCCACUGGUGUUUGCCUGGAUUGCCGGAUACAUGGAACAGGCUAGUGUAUGCAUCUAUGGUCUUAGACAAGUCCAGAGAUAUUUCUAUUUCUUAACAUCUAAUUGUUUGAUCUUGAAUUGUUUGCUUGAAAAAAUUAUUUUCAAAUGUGGAAAAUAGAAAUUCUUAAAAGAGAAUUGAAUUGUUUGCAA